AUGAGAGCAAUUGAACACCCUGCAGAGGAGGAGCCCGUUGUUAAGAAAGCGAGAAUUGUUGAUAACGUGGAAAACGUUCCAAUUCCAAUGUUGUCACAAUUACAAAACGUUGAGGUUGUCAAAGAGACUCGCGUUGCAUCAACUGAUGAUGGAAGCGAGAAUGGCCAAGUCUGUGAAACUGCCGUUGAAGAAGAGAAAGUUACUUCCGUUGAACAAGUUGAAUCUAACAAUGAGAGGAAGAUAGAGGAAGUGUCUGCACUUAGCUGGGCAGAGAGAGAAGAUAUUGGCCCAAAAGAAAAUCAGGAGUUAGAGAUUGAAGAGAAAGAAGUCGUUGUUGUCUCAGACGAGGCUAACACAGACAAGCUUCCAGUUUUAGAGAUGGGAAAGAAUAAUGAAGCUUCUGUUACAUCGGCUGUUACAAGCAGAUAUGAAAUUCCAGCGAUGCAUUUGUGUGUUGCUUCUGGUGGAAUCAAUGAAGUGAGCCGGUCAAAUCCAUCGGUACCAAGGAAAAAGCUUCUUGUUCUUGAUCUGAAUGGGUUGCUUGCAGAUAUAGGUCCGAUUGAGGCAGAUCGUAAGGCAGACAUUAAUAUUGGAAGAAGGGCAAUUUAUAAGAGACCUUUCUGUGAAGAUUUUCUGAAAUUCUGCUUUGACAAGUUUGAAGUUGGCAUAUGGUCCUCCAGAAAGCGGAACAAUGUGGAUAGAAUCACUGAGUUCUUGCUUGGCGAUAUGAAGAGUAAACUGUUGUUUUGCUGGGACAUGUCUUAUUGUGCUACGACGACUGUUGGUUCCCUUGAAAACAAGUUCAAAUUUGUGGUGUUCAAGGAACUAAACCAGCUCUGGGAGAAACACGACCCAAGACUUCCGUGGAAAAAGUUUGAUUACAACGAAACCAACACGGUUUUAUUGGACGAUUCUCCUUACAAGGCUUUGCUCAACCCACCAUAUACAGCUAUAUUCCCACACUCAUACAGUUACAAGAACAACUCGGACACGUCCUUAGGUGAUGGUGGUGAUUUGAGACUUCAUCUAGAGAAGUUAGUAGAAGCUGAAAACGUUCAAGAUUUCAUCAAGAAGAACCCUUUCGGGCAAGAAGCUAUUACGGAAGCAAGUGAAUCUUGGGAGUUUUAUAGACAGGCCAUUGUUAUGCAUACAUACGCAUAUAGAAACCUCAUA